UUUAGACAAAAUAAUAAAUGUUGAUACUAUUAUCAAAAAAAAAUGUUGAUACUGUUCCUGGAGAAGGUGAGAAGGAGUGAAGGACUUAAAUUAAUUCCUUUAUAAUAAUGCUUAAUGGUCCUUGUCUGUUGUUUCUGUCCAUUAAUUUCUGGGGAGGGAAAAAGGACAACGAGUUCACCUACUUUGAUAAUUAUGGAUGACAUGAUGAACCUUACUUAAGGAAUGAAGAGUUCUUAGCUAGGAAAAAGAUGUCUCCAUAUUCAUUGAUUUGCUCCCCUUGUUAUUGAGCAUUGCUCUUUAGAUUUGUUUAAAGGAGUUCAUACCAAAGACAGGAAAAUUAUUUCUCAGAAAAGAAAAAAAGUGCCCUCUGAAGUAAGUCUAGCAUGGAAAACAACUUUGUAAUUGAAAUUACAGAACAAAGAUCUCCUGAAGUUCCAUCUCUGAUCCAAUACAUCUCAUCAUGUGAUGUUGAUGGUUUUGACACUUUCGGCUCUUCACUUCCCAGCCCAGCUAACAAAGGACAUGAAGCAACCUCACCAGGAAGAAAGCAUGAUGAACCUUUAGUGAUCAAACAUCAAAGGAAGCCUUCUGUCAGCAUGCCACUAUCUUCUGAAGAAAUUCAGCUUCAGCAAACUAGCAACAAAAAAGUGUAUUUUAGCGGCGAAACCGUGGUUCCAAUUCCCUCAACUGAGCCAGGAACUGCAGGUUCUCUGCCUCCACACUCAUCAAAGUGUUACUCUCAACCAAUGCCAAAAGGUUCUGCUUACCCAGAGGGAGCUACUAAUAAUAGUGCCAAAAUUUCCAACCAUGCUGGCAUCAAAAUGUUCAGGGAUAAGAGGUUUGAUUCUUUCAAAACAUGGUCUGGGACACUUGAGAGACAGUUGACAAUGCUACGCGGAAAGACGCCUGAAGAUUCUGCAGAAGAUGGCAACAGCUCCAAGAGGAGUACUAUUGAUAGGCCUUUACCGGUUGACCGAUAUUUCGAUGCAUUGGAAGGUCCAGAGUUAGAAACUCUUAGGUCCUCAGAAGAGAUUGUGCUUCCAGAUGACAGUCGAUGGCCAUUUCUUCUCCGGUUUCCAGUUUCAUCUUUCGGUAUCUGCCUUGGAGUUAGCAGCCAAGCCAUUCUCUGGAAAACUUUAGCCACAUCCCCUUCCACUGAGUUUCUCCACAUAAGCCUCAAAGUGAACCUAAUCUUGUGGAUCAUCUCGGUUGCUCUUAUCACGACCGUUUUCGCCAUAUACACUCUUAAAAUCAUUCUCUACUUCGAGGCGGUUCGUCGCGAGUACUACCACCCUAUCCGUGUCAACUUCUUCUUCGCCCCGUGGAUAGCUCUCUUGUUCUUGGCUAUGGGGGUUCCACCAUCAUUCACCAAAGUCCUUCACCACUCCCUUUGGUACAUUCUAAUGACACCAAUUUUCUGCCUUGAGCUUAAGAUCUAUGGACAGUGGAUGUCUGGGGGCCAAAGGAGGCUUUCAAAGGUGGCGAACCCUUCAAAUCAUUUAUCAAUUGUUGGAAACUUUGUGGGGGCUUUAUUUGGAGCUUCUAUAGGUCUAAAAGAAGGGCCUAUCUUCUUCUUUGCUGUUGGGUUGGCUCAUUACACUGUGUUGUUUGUUACUCUCUACCAGAGACUUCCCACAAAUGAGACCCUCCCUAAAGAGCUCCAUCCAGUGUUCUUUCUCUUUGUUGCAGCACCUAGUGUUGCUUCAAUGGCUUGGGCUAAGAUUCAGGGCUCUUUCGAUUAUGGAUCGCGGAUCGCCUAUUUCAUUGCCCUUUUCCUUUAUUUCUCGCUGGCUGUCCGGAUCAAUUUUUUCAGAGGAUUCAAAUUUUCUCUUGCUUGGUGGGCCUAUACAUUUCCAAUGACUGGUGCAGCAAUUGCAACUAUAAGAUACUCAAAUCAAGUCCCAAAUGUGGUUACCAAGACACUGUGUGUUGUUCUAGCUCUCAUAUCCACUCUCAUUGUAACAGCACUGCUUGUGUCAACCAUUUUGCAUGCCUUUGUGUUCCGGGACCUCUUCCCCAAUGACAUUGCCAUUGCAAUCAGUGAUAGGAAGAGAAAGCCACAUAAGAAGUGGUUAGGCUUUAGACAUGGGAGCCAAGAUGCCAAAGAGAUUGAGAAUUUCUUGAAGUUUGUGAACCCAGAUGAGAUUAAUUUAGAAGAUAUUACCCCAGUACCUCACUCCAGUGAGUCAGGGAAUUCACCGUGUGUCUGAGACUCUGAGUGCAUAUUUGGAUACAUGGUAAAAAAUCACCGUGAAAGCAAAAUUAUGGUGAAGCGAAUUUUCUUGUAUUUGUGAGCAUGGUAUUGAGUCUUUCAAAAGAAAAAGAAGAUUAUGAGUGUCUUGUGCCUAAUAAUCUUCAGUAGUCAAGCAUGUGAGGAACAAAAGUAGGAGUUUUGAUUGUUCCAGUGACCAUGUGUAGUUAGUAGAAUGUGAGUUUGUGUAUGAUGUGCCUGUUUUUGUAAAAACCGUUCCCAUCUUAAUAUUUUGUAAAAUAAGAGUGUAUAAAGUAUGAGUAAAUUAUCAGUAUCAAUUGAAUUUGAUACUGUACUUGAUAA